CAGAGACCUUCGCGGUCGCUCAGCAGUGACGUAGCGCGCAGCAGGCGGUGAGGACGUGCGCGCCCUUCCUCCUUCCUCUUUCUCGACUCCAUCUUCGUGGUUGCGGCUGCGGUGGCCGUAGUUCAGUCGCCGACAUGCAGCUCUUUGUCCGCGCCCAGGAGCUACACACCCUCGAGGUGACCGGCCAAGAGACGGUCGCCCAGAUCAAGGCUCAUGUAGCCUCUCUGGAGGGCAUGUUCUGGAAGACUGUCAGGCUCCUGGCGGCACACGCUGAAGAUGAGGCCAUUCUGGGUCAGAAAGGGAGGGAGGCUCUGACCACCCUGGAAGUAGCCGGCCGCAUGCUUGGAGGUAAAGUCCAUGGUUCCCUGGCCCGUGCUGGGAAAGUAAGAGGGCAGACUCCCAAGGUGGCCAAGCAGGAGAAGAAGAAGAAGAAGACAGGUCGUGCCAAGCGGCGGAUGCAGUACAACCGGCGCUUUGUCAACGUUGUGCCCACCUUUGGGAAGAAGAAGGGCCCCAAUGCCAACUCUUAAGUCUGUCGUGAUCCUGGCAUUCCCCAAUAAAGCCACUUAGUCCAGA